AUGACUUUCAAUGAUGAUAAUUUGGUUUCAGUUAUAGCAUAUUCUUGCCUUUUUGUGAUCGCUGCAGCAGGGAAUUUAACCGUCUUCAUAACUUUGUUAAGAAAUAGAGGAUUUAAAUCUCGAGUGAAUAGUUUCAUCAUGCAUUUAUCUGUGGCAGACUUAAUCGUCGCAUUCAUUAUGUUACCGAUGGAAACAGCCUGGCAUAUAACAGUGUCUUGGAAAGCUGGUGAUUUUACGUGUAGAUUAAUGAUGUUUUUCAGAGCAUUUGGAUUUUAUUUAUCUUCAUUCAUUCUUGUGACUAUAAGUUUAGAUAGGUAUUUUUCUAUAGUUCAUCCGCUCAGCAUUCACGACGCAGAAAAACGGGGUAAAAUUAUGCUCACUAUUGCCUGGAUAUUGAGUGUGGUUGCCAGUCUUCCGCAAGUAAGUCAAACUUAA